GAGCCCAGCCUCGCCCCCUGCCCUUCGCCUGGCCCCGCCUGCGUUUAGCCCCGCCUCCACUAGGCCGUGCCCCGCCCCGUGCCCCGCCCAGACCGCUUGGUGGCCGCGGCAGGGAGGCUACGCGAGGGGCCAGCAGGCUCCUCUGCUCUCCGCAGGACCCUGGGGCUCACGCCUGGUGGAAGUUCCGCCCUCUUGAGGGUGGAGGGCCGUCUGGUGGAGCCCUCAGCCUAGCUGAUUUCUGUGACUGUGGGCCGGGACGGACAAGCAGUCAGUGCGGGGCGCCGUCCCUGUCCCCGUGGGCCGGGCACACCCCGUGUCGCCUCCAGGGUCCCCACCCUGCGCCGCUGGCUCGCUUCCGACCCGGAGACUGCACCUCGGGCGCAUUUGCCGAAGGGGAGGUAAUAACACAGGCCGAUCCCGAUCCGGAAUCCCAAGCCAGAGCUCCCCGAGUGCGGACGCGCCGCGCGGACGCCCCACCCCGGCCUUGGUGACCGCGGGUCCGAGCGCGGCGCGAGGUGACACCAGGUGACCGGCGGGAGUGGCCAAGGACAGGAGGCGCGAGCGCGGAAGGGACACGAGGAGGAAGAGAUGAACAGUUCCCUGGACUACCUGGCCUACCCCGUGAUCGUCUCCAACCACAGGCAGACCACUGCCUACAGGAAGAAACUGGACCUGGGCCACUACCUCUUUCACCGGAACCGGCUCCAGAUAGCAAAGCCCGCUGUGGACACCAAGCCUCCUGUGGCACACACACACCUCAUUCUAAAGCUGAGCAAACUGCAGUAUGAGCAAAAGAGAAUCGACAGAAUUGAGUAUGAGAACAGGCAGCUGUGUGAGAAGAUCGCCAGUGCGCACCGCGGCCCUGCGAAGGUGGACUGCUGGAACUCCUACUUCUCCAAGAGUUUGAACAGAGAAAUGCGGAACCGCGAGCUCAUGCGCAUCACCCUGGAGAACCAGGCCAUCCUGAAGCGGCUGGGCGACCGCAAGACUCACUACAACCGCCAUGCGUCUGAGACAGACUGGCAGAACUCGAGGCGCUAUAUCCGGAACACGACCAGGUACCUUCUCUCCCAGGAUGAGUAGGUCAGCACCGAGGCGGAGACAGAUGGCGGAGGCUUCUGGCCCCGCCGAAUCGCAAGACCCUCCCUCCGGAGCAGCCAAGGGCCCUACCCCAGGAUGCCACAAUAAAGCCCAGGGUGUCAGUGGUCAGA